AUGUCGCGCCCGUCGCGCCGCGCGUCGGCGACGGUGACCUACCGCGAGCCCACCGAGGACGACGUGUUUCGCGACCCGGAGCCGUCGGAGGUCGCCGCCGCCGAGCGGCGCGCCGCAAAGCGGGCGCGCAGUGCGUCGCCGGUGGAGGUGGAAGGGCGCGGCGCCAAGCGGCGCACGGGCAAGGAGUCGCUGCUCGACGCGCUCUUCGUCAACCACGCGGAGGUUGAGGGCGCGCCCGACUUUGUCUACAGCCUCGGCGGCGCCGACGCCGGCGGUGCCGAGGCGGACCGGAUCCUGGGCGAGGUCGAGUCGGACCAGACGAUGAUCCGGCUCACGUCGCAGUUCUCGGGCUGCCGGCGGAUUGUCCUCUUCUCGACGGGGCGGCACGGCGUCAAGGCGGUGGCCGCGGCGGUGAUCGAGCUCCACCUCGGCGGAGCGAGCACGGGCGGUGUGCUCGAGGUCCCAAUCCUCGCCUCUGCCCGCUCGUCGCGCGCGCAGGGGCACGGCUCGCUGCUCACGGCACUGAUCGUCGAGCUCGCCUCGAGUCGGCUCGCCUCUCCCGCGCAGGGCAUCGUCCCGCCCGGCUCGCAGGGCGCCGUCGCCCUCCUCGUCUCGUCCACCGACGAGGCGCGCCGCUUCUGGCUCGGCCAGGGCUGCACCACCAUCCCGCAGUGCGCGCAGCAGGUCGCCGCGGCGGUCCGCGGGCUGCUGCAGCGCGCGGGGCAGCGCUUCGGCCAGCAGCACGCCACCCUCAUGGCCCGCAGCUUGCCGGACGCGCGCGUGCUGCCUCCCGGGCCCGACGGCGAGGCGGCCGGUGCGCCCGCCGUGCGAGGAGCUCUCGUCGGUGCGGCCGUCGAGCGGACGGCAGGGCGCGUGCCGCACAGCGGAGGCUUGUCGUGCGCUAAGGCUGCGGAGGCGGCCGGGUACCGAGACGUGCCUCCCGCCGGCUCCUUCUCCCUGGUGGACGGGAAGCGCGUCCCCGCCCUCGCGCCCGGGGCAGCGGAGGCGGACGGCGCAGCGCCCGCCACCCUCCCGCUCGGCCGGCUCCAGGCCUUCCCCGUCUCGUCCCCCGUCUCCGGCUCCUCGACUUGGGGCGCGCCCGGCUGGGGCGUCCGCUCGCUCGCGCCGAUCAAGGCGGGGCAGGCGGUGGUGGAGGUGUGUGGCCGGUGGCGAGGGGAGGCCGAGUACGACCGCCUGCUGCCCUUGGAGCGCUCGCACGUCCUCCGGCUUGACGAGCGCGCGCGCAGCCUGCUGCUGCAGAGCGGCGGCGGGGAGCGCGGCUGGCUGGACCUGCGCGAGGAGGGGUCGAUCGCUCGCAUCGUGCGCGAGUCGGAGGAGGCGCCCAACCUCGAGCUCGUCACGUAUCCAGACCCAUCCGCCCACGCGCCUCCGCCUCCGGAGUCGUGCUUCCGCCUCUACCUCGUUGCAAAGCACGACAUCCCGCCCCUCGCCGAGCUCAUCUGGGAGCGGCCUGCGCCGGGGGCCGACCGCGAGGUCGAGGUCCGGAUUUCAGACGCCGAGCUCGAGGGCGCGCGCUACGAGGCGCUCUCCGCGAUCGACCCGGCGCGCUUCGCGGGGCUGACGACGAGCGCGCCGCCGGCCGACGGCUGCGUCAAGCUCGACAAGGCUGGCCGGCCGCACCAGCCCGUCUACCAGCCGAUCAAGCACGCCACUGGCGCUUUGCCCGCCGCCGACGCCAGCCGCGACAGCGAGCCGGCCGAGGCUGCGCCCGCCGCACACGCGGCGAAGGCGGAGCCGCUCGCCGCCGAGAACGGCGAGCACGCUUCUCCCUCCGCUGUGAUGGCGAAGGUGGAGGUUGAGUGUGAGCCGGAGAGCAGCGACGAGGCAGGGGCGGAGGAGGAGGGGGCCGGCGGCGCCGAGGGCGGCGAUAGCAUGGACAGCCAAUGA